AUUCUCUUACAAGGAAAAUCAUACGCUUUGUUUUGAUCCAAUUGGAAACUUGUUUUAUAUUUAAAUACACGUAAUACUUUGAAUUUUUAACUUUAAGCAAUAAGGUUUAAUUUUCCGAAAAUGCCUGUUGAUACACGUGAAUUAAUUGAGGCAAUUUCCAUACUUGCUAAUGAACGCAAUGUGCAAGUGACAAUGAAACAAUCGGCCAAAGGAGCAAUGGUUUGUGCAGCAAGUGCUUUUACAGGUGGCAUUCUUCUUGGUCCUGUAGGACUAGCUAUUGGUGGCACCGCGGGCGGUUUGAUGGCUUAUAAAAUGACCAGUGGUUCAUUCCGUCCAUUGGCUGAUGUGUUGCUAAACGAUUUAACUGAUGACCAGCAAGAGAGAUUGGUACAACAUGUCAAUAAUGCCGUGCGAGAGUUCCAAAUCUCUGAUUUGGCAUUGCUGCUGCCGUUGUUAAUGAACAAUGCAAGUAUACAGCAGGCCGUACUCAAAACAGCAAUCAGCUUCGUAUCGAAUGAAUUGAGAUGUCAGAUCAUCGACUGACCUGUGGGUAUUUUAUGGCUCGCCAGAGAUCAUGUUACAUUAUUGGGCACAAUAUUUCUUAAAAGUACUUUGUAUUUAGUAUUGCUUACGUUUUAUUGUUGUAUGUUAUUUCUAAUAUUUCUUUAUGUGAACAUAUUUUUAAGAUAAACAAAUGUGUAAUAACUAUAGCUAUUAGCAAAGUAAAAGUUAUGGUUUAUUUGUUGUAAAUGUAUAUUACUAUUGAAUUAGAAGCCUAACAUGUACAACUAGAAAUUUAAAUACGCCGUAAACUCAUAUUUAAACUUUUAUGUUUUUGUAUCGAAGAUAUCAACUGUAUAUACGAAGUUGUGAAUUAAAGUUAAAUAAUAAAUUAUAAUAAGUUUUAAUAAUUUGCUA